AUGGCCGAUACGAAGGCCACGGUGGCCUCCGGCGCCGAUCCCAAUGGCCAACAGCUACGACAGCGUAAUGUGCCCGCGACGGCUCCCGGAGCUGCAGUUCCUUACCAGCAGGACGAGCAAAAGCUUCACGGCAAGAAGAAGAAGAUCUGCGAACGACAGGAGCCCUCUUUCCUCGAGAUUCUUGACGAAUGGGAGAUCGUCAUUGCACCUAUCAUCUUUACGGCUUUCGCCAUCUUCACCCGUCUCUACAAGAUUGGCCUCAGCAACAUUGUCACCUGGGAUGAAGCUCACUUCGGUAAAUUCGGUUCGCAUUACAUCAAACGAGAGCUUUUCUUUGACGUCCACCCCCCGCUGGGAAAGAUUCUGGUUGGUGUUUCUGGUGUUUUAGCUGGUUACAAUGGGUCGUUUGAAUUCAAGUCUGGCGAGACCUACCCCGAAGAGCUCAACUACACCUUCAUGCGCGCCUUCAAUGCCUUCUGGGGAAUUCUUUGCAUUCCCUUGGCUUACUUUACCGCCCGUGAGCUGAACCUGAAGCGCCCCGCCGUCUGGCUGGUCACUCUGAUGGUUCUCUGCGAGAACUCUUAUACCACCAUCAGCCGCUUCAUUCUUCUCGACUCCAUGCUCUUGUUCGGCACCGUUGCCACUGUCUUCUGCUGGUCCAAAUUCCACGGACUGCAGAAGUGGAGCUUCGACCCCGAAUGGUUCUUCUGGCUCUUCAUGACUGGUCUCAGCUUGGGCUUUGUUUGCAGCAUCAAGCUUGUUGGCCUGUUCGUCACAGCCCUCGUCGGAAUCUAUACCAUUGAGGACCUCUGGAACAAGUUUGGUGACACCAAGAUGCCAAUUCCUGAGCUGGCUGCCCAUGUUGCUGCUCGAGUUACUGGCUUGAUCGUCAUCCCGUUCCUCGUCUACCUCUUCUCGUUCGCCCUUCACUUCGCCAUCCUUACCCGAAGUGGUCCUGGCGAUGCCCAGAUGAGCUCUCUCUUCCAAGCCAACUUGGAAGGCAGCGAAAUUGGUCGUAACUCGCCCCUCGAGCUUGCCAUCGGAUCCAAGGUCACCCUAAAGAACAUGGGUUAUGGAGGUGGUCUACUUCACAGUCACGUCCAGACUUACCCUGACGGUUCGAACCAGCAGCAAGUUACUUGCUACCACCACAAGGAUGCCAACAACGAGUGGUGGUUCUACCCGGCCCGUGGACAGCCCGACUUCAACCCCGAGGAGGAUCCCAGAUUCAUCGGAGACGGUGAUGUCAUUCGUCUGAUUCACACGCAGACUGGCCGCAACCUUCACUCGCACGAUAUCCCUGCUCCCGUCUCAAAGAGCCAGAAGGAGGUUUCCUGCUACGGCAACUUGACCGUGGGUGAUGACAAGGAUCACUGGAAGGUCGAGGUCGUCAGCGAUGUAGCUUCGCGCGACAAGAGCCGUGUUCGUACUUUGACCACUGCUUUCCGCUUGCGACACCCCGUCCUGGGCUGCUAUUUGCGUGCUGGCAAUGUAAACCUGCCCCAGUGGGGUUUCAAGCAGAUUGAGGUGACCUGCGACAAGAGCAACAACCCCAAGGAUGCUUUUACCCACUGGAACAUUGAGGCCCACCAAAACGACAAGCUGCCACCGGGAGACCCCGGCAAGUAUAAGUCGCCGUUCUUCCACGACUUUAUUCACCUGAACGUUGCCAUGAUGACCUCAAACAAUGCCCUUGUGCCCGAUCCUGACAAGCAGGACGAUCUCGCUUCGCAAUGGUGGCAAUGGCCCAUUCUGAACGUUGGUCUGCGUAUGUGUGGCUGGGAUGAUAAGAUUGUCAAGUACUUCCUUCUUGGCAACCCCUUUGUCUACUGGGCCUCAACGUUGUCUCUCGGCGCGGUGGGCCUGGUCACCGUCUGGUACAUUCUUCGAUGGCAGCGAGGCUUUAGAGAGCUCUCGCAGGCCGACAUUGACCAGAUUCACUACGCUGGCCUGUACCCUAUCCUCGGAUGGUUCCUCCACUAUCUGCCAUUUGUUGUUAUGGCUCGUGUCACUUACGUGCACCACUACUACCCAGCUCUCUAUUUUGCCAUCCUCAGUCUCGGCUUCCUUGUUGAUUGGACACUGCGAAACCAGCAGAAGGCCAUUCAAUAUGUCGUCUACGGUCUUCUGUACUCGGUCAUUAUUGGCUUGUACAUCUUCUUCAUGCCAAUCUGCUGGGGUAUGACGGGACCCAACAAGGAUUACAGCUACAUGAAGUGGUUCGACACUUGGCGCAUUUCAGACUAA